GUUGUUUGAAGCAGAAAAAACAAUAGUUCAUAACGCAUCAACAAAAUGAACGCUUGUCCCCGAACCAGAAUACUUUAACAAUCCUACUAGUGUCGGGCCUGUUGCUAGGAUACAAGGGUAGACUCUUUCCACAUAGAAACUGUUGCAGAAGUCACAAAAACAGUGGUUCAAGCUGCAUUAGAAACAUGGGAGCUUCACUGGCCAGAGCAGCUCAAUGGACAUCUGUAGCUGGAAGUGGGAAAGGAAAACUAGAACUAUCACCAAUGAAUGAAAAGCUUUUAAAUGACAUUAUUAAGUUCAUUGAAAGUUUUAGUGACAAACAUCCAGAAGAAGCAAAAUAUGUUUUUAAAGAAGCGUUGACAUGGGAGACUUCAUUGACGUCAUCUUCCUUUGGAGGAGGCUAUGAUAUUGGUGCUUCCCAAAUCACAUCACAAGACAAAGAUUCCAAUGGUGUAGCACUCCUUGAGAUGGAUAAGGGAACACUGAAAGUCCGCACAUUGGAACAAGCUGCAAAUGUGAUCAAAAUGGCAAAAGAAAAAAGCAUAAAUGAAGUUCGUAUGUGUCUUGAAGAAAAUCGUGAUCCUUUGGUGAAAAUUCUUGGUCCUGCAUUCGCUACAGUUGAUACUGAAGACUCUACUGUAAUAAGAAUGGUGGAAAAGAACAAGACAGAAGCAACAGAGGAAUCAUCCCUACUACUUCGUCUUCUGCUUAUAAUACAACAGAUGGAUAUGCGGCUACUUAAUUCAUGCAUGCAAGAAAUAUCAAAACAGGUUCGUCUCACCCCUGCAGCAGUGAACGCUGACGUAGCUCUUUUACAAUCUUUUGCUGGAGAUUCGCCCAACACACCACUCAAGAACAUUCAGUUUACAUCACGUCACGUGUUUUCAAACGACUGCCGUGCGUUGCCAUGGCGACAGGUUCACGGCGAUAUCUGUUACGUCAUAGUGGAUCCUCAUGACGGUGAUUCAUUCUGUGUCACAGCAAGCACAUAUGGUUGCUUUGUAAACGGGGGUUUCAACGAAGAAAAGCAAGAAGUUGAUUUUGAAAAGAAGAGUGAGGUGUAUAAGGACCUGGUUACUUUGUUACGUGAGAAGUCGAACAAGUUUGCCGAAAAUAUUUCCAAGAAGGAGUUUUCGUCACACCAGGAAACACAGCGCGAAACAGACAAGGAUACGAUUAUGACGUCAGAGCAGUCGGUUGAGAACGAGAAAGAAGAAGAUUCGAAAACCGAGAAACAAAUGAAGAAACAAAAAGAUACUGGAAAAAAAGGAAAAGCGGCCAAAGAUGGAAAGAAAACGAUGAAACCUUCUCUGAAAUGGAAAAGUCUUGAAGACAGUCGUAAAAAUGAAAAGGAAGAAACAAAAAAGAAGAAGAAGAAAGCGACAUCUCCGGCUAUGGGACGCAGGGCUUCUUAUUACGGUCGGAAGACGCCUCAAGAUGAAGAAGAUAUGAGUGAGUCUUCCGAUGACUCCGAAGAAGAAGAGGAAGUUCAAGACCGUCGUCAGGACGCUGGCUCCGACCUCCCGUCUGAGUAUUGGCAAAUACAAAAGUUGGUUAAAUACUUGAAGGGCGGUAACCAGACAGCUACCAUCAUAGCUUUGUGCUCUAUGAGGGAUUUUAACUUGGCGCAAGAAACAUGUCAGCUUGCUAUCAGGGACGUUGGGGGGUUGGAAGUUCUGAUCAAUCUGCUUGACACGGACGAGAAUAAAUGCAAGAUUGGCUCAUUGAAAAUACUGAAGGAGAUCAGUCGUAAUGUACAGAUACGGCGAGCCAUUGCCGAUCUAGGGGGUUUGCAAACUAUGGUUAAAAUUCUACAAUCUCGGAACAAAGACCUAAAAUGCUUGGCUGCAGAAACAAUCGCAAAUGUUGCAAAAUUCCGCAGAGCAAGAAGGACUGUUCGCCAACACGGCGGUAUAAAGAAACUGGUUGCGUUGUUGGAAUGUCCACCAAACUCAACCGAUGUUUCCAAAGAUGUUGAAGUCGCGCGUUCUGGGGCUCUUGCUCUCUGGAGUUGCAGUAAAUCGACCAAGAACAAACACGCUAUUAGACGGGCUGGUGCAAUUCCAAUGCUGGCUAAACUACUCAAGUCUCCACACGAAGAAAUGCUUAUUCCUGUCGUGGGAACUCUGCAAGAAUGUGCUUCUGAGCCCAGCUACCGACUUGCAAUUCGCACCGAAGGAAUGAUUGAAGAUUUGGUCACGAACCUUAAAAGUAGCAACAGUGAACUACAGAUGCAUUGUGCUGCAGCUAUAUUCAAGUGCGCAGAGGACGGAGCAACUCGUGAUCUUGUUCGUGAAUAUGGUGGCCUUGAUCCUCUAGUUUCCCUUCUUCCCCAGUCUGACGAUAAAGAGCUACUGGCAGCUGCCACUGGUGCCAUAUGGAAGUGCGCCAUUAGUGCUCAAAACGUAGCCAGAUUCCAAGAACUAAAAGCGAUCGAACAACUUGUUGGUUUGUUGAACGACCAACCGGAAGACGUGUUGGUUAACGUGGUUGGUGCGCUCGGUGAGUGUGCGCAAGAACCAGCCAACAGACUGGUUAUUCGUAAGGCUGGUGGAAUACCAUCGUUGGUUCAUCUUUUAACUGGUACAAACCAAGCUCUGCUGGUGAAUGUUACCAAGGCGGUUGGUGCAUGCGCCACUGAACCAGAGAAUAUGAGUAUUAUUGAUAAACUCGAUGGCGUCCGUCUUCUGUGGUCACUCCUCAAGAACCAAAACCCAGAGGUCCAAGCAUCAGCAGCAUGGGCAGUUUGUCCUUGCAUUGAAAAUGCUCGGGACGCUGGUGAAAUGGUGCGGUCGUUCGUUGGAGGGCUUGAACUUAUUGUGUCGCUAUUGAAGUCAUCGGAUCUUGAGGUUCUCGCAUCAGUGUGUGCAGCUAUCGCCAACAUUGCAAAAGACGAAGAAAACUUAGCUGUUAUAACUGACCAUGGGGUUGUGCCAAUGUUGGCUAGACUUGCUUCAACGGGCAACGAUAAGCUACGUCGUCACCUCGCUGAAGCGAUUGCCCGUUGUUGUACAUGGGGAAACAACCGAGUUUCGUUCGGCCGGGAGGGGGCAGUAGCACCUCUUGUGGGUUACCUUAGAUCUGAGGACAAACAGGUUCAUCGUUCAACAGCACAGGCUCUCUACCAACUGUCACGUGACCCCGACAACUGUAUUACGAUGCACGAGAACGGCGUGGUCAAGAUGCUGUUAAACAUGGUUGGCUCAUCGGACAAUGCUUUACAAGAAGCAGCGGCCGGUUGCAUUGGAAACAUCAGGAGACUCGCCCUUGCUAACGAGAAAGCGAGAUAUGCAUGAACACUGGAUGUUUGUUUUAUUCACUUCGUUCUUUCGGGUUCAAAUGUUUAUAACUCCGUUUCUAUUGAAAUUAAAUAAAUGCAUAUAGCUUGUGUAUUGUAGCCACGAGAUGAUGUUGUGUUAUAUGAUGCGUGAAAUAUAUUCCUACACCUUAAA